UAUGACAUGUAUCUUUUUAAUAUAACUGCUAAAAUGAUUAUUUCAGAGUCCCUAAUAUUCUCAACCAUUCUUCAACCCCAGUAGAGAGAAGAGCAUCAUGAGGUGGGAGAAUCAGAGCAGCACAUCUGAAUUCCUUCUUCUGGGGUUCCCCAUCCAGCUGGAGCAGCAGGGCAUGUUCUUCACCCUGUUCCUGGUGAUGUACCUCACCACCGUGCUGGGGAACCUGCUCAUCAUCCUGCUUAUCAGGGUGGACCCUCGCCUUCACACCCCCAUGUACUUCUUCCUCAGCCACUUGGCCUUCACUGACAUCUCUUUCUCAUCUGUAACUGUCCCUAAGAUGUUAAUAAACAUGCAGACUCGGAAUCAAUCCAUCCCCUAUUCAGGGUGCAUAGCACAGAUGUAUUUUUUCAUACUUUUUACAGAUCUGGACAAUUUCCUCCUCACCUCAAUGGCAUAUGAUCGGUACGUUGCCAUCUGUCACCCCCUCCACUAUACCACCAUCAUGAGGGACUGGCUGUGUACCCUACUUGUAGCUGUGUCCUGGAUUCUGUCCUGUGCCAGUGCCCUGUCUCACACCAUCCCCCUGGCCCAUUUAAUGAGACCAGUGAACCAAACUACUGUUUCAGACUUCCUCCUUCUAGGACUCUCUGAGCAGCCGGAGCAGCAGCUUCUCCUAUUUGGCAUCUUCCUGGGCAUGUACCUGGUCACUGUAGUGGGGAACUUGAUCAUCAUCCUGGCCAUCAGCUCUGACCCACAUCUUCACACUCCUAUGUACUUCUUUCUGGCCAACCUGUCAUUAGCUGAUGCCUGUUUCAGUUCUACCUCGAUCCCCAAAAUGCUAGCCAACAUUUAUACUCAAAGCCAGGCCAUUUCCUAUUCUGGGUGCCUUACACAGCUGUAUUUCCUUAUCACAUUUGGUGGCCUUGACAAUUGCCUCCUGGCUGUAAUGGCAUAUGACCGCUAUGUGGCUAUCUGCCAGCCACUCCAUUACAGCACAGCUAUGAGUCCCAAACUCUGUGCACUAAUGCUGGGCAUGUGCUGGCUGCUAACCAACUGCCCUGCCCUGACGCACACAUUGCUGAUGACUUGUCUGGCUUUCUGUGCCCAGAAAGCUAUCCCCCACUUCUACUGUGAUCCCAGUGCUCUACUGAAACUUGCCUGCUCGGAUACUGGCAUUAACGAGCUGAUGAUCAUCACUAUGGGCCUGAUGUUUCUCACUGCUCCCCUCCUGCUGAUUGUCCUCUCCUAUGUCCGAAUCUCCUGGGCUGUGUUUAGCAUCUCAUCUCCUGGGGGGCGGUGGAAGGCCUUCUCCACCUGUGGCUCUCAUCUCACAGUGGUCUUGCUCUUCUUCGUGUCUGUUAUGGGUGUGUAUUUACUUCCUCCAUCAACUCACUCUACAGAGAGUGAGAGUAGGGCUGCCAUUCUCUAUAAUGUGGUUAUUCCCAUGCUAAACCCAUUCAUCUAUAGCUUAAGGAACAAAGACAUGAAGGCAGCUUUGCGUAAACUUUUUGGCAGUGGGAAAACAUCCCUCUUACCAUGACAGUAAUACCUGAUUCUGGCAUCCGGACAAA